AUGUCCCACAUCCGUAGGUACUCUGUCUGCGUUGGCCGUGAAAAAGGCUACAAACGUACCAAAAACGUUAAGCAUGUAAAACCUUCCAAUUCAAAUAGCCAUUCCGGCAAGCAAGCCAAGUUUAUUCGCGCUCUUGUCCGCGAAAUUGUCGGAUUCGCCCCCUUUGAGAGGCGUGCUAUGGAAUUGCUCAAGAACGAUAGGGAAAAACGCGCCCUUAAGUUUUUGAAGGCUCGUAUUGGUGGUCACCGACGUGGAAAGAAGAAGAGGGAAGAACUUAUGAACGUCGUCAAGAGUGUUCGUCAUAAGUAA